AUGAGCGACCUCGACAAGGCCAUUGCGCAACUGCGCGCAUGCCGACCGAUUCCAGAGCCCCAGGUUCGCGAGCUUUGCUAUAAAGCCCGUGAACUGCUCAUCGAAGAAGGCAACGUUGUGACCGUCGAUGCCCCCGUCACAAUAUGCGGCGACAUCCACGGCCAAUUCCACGACCUGAUGGAACUCUUCCGCGUUGGCGGUGACGUCCCCGACACAAACUACCUAUUCAUGGGCGACUUCGUCGACCGUGGCUUCUACUCCCUCGAAUCCUUCCUCCUCCUCUUGUGUCUGAAGGUUCGCUACCCAGACCGCAUAACGCUGAUCCGAGGCAAUCACGAGAGCAGACAGAUUACCACGGUGUACGGUUUCUACGACGAAUGCAUACGCAAGUAUGGAAGUGCCAACGUCUGGCGCUACUGCUGCGAAGUCUUCGACUACCUCGCCCUGGGUGCUCUCAUCCUCGGCGCAACCACAGACGUCCCACCAUCAUCAUCAUCCCAAUCAUAUAACGACAACACACAAUCCACUCUCCCGCCUGACGACGAAGACAUCGAGUCCGAAGUGCUCAAUGCGCAGGGCGACGUCCUAGGCAAGACUCUCCGACGUCAAUUCGCUGGGUUGAACCUCAACUCUCAAUCCUCCAACACUUCUCGCAUAUCUCCCGCUCCAGACGUCGAUCUUCCAUCACCUCUUGAACCGUCCUCGUCGCUUCCCUCUCAGGGCUCUCCGCUUCCACCAUCCCUCUUCAACCCUCCCACAUCCACAACGGGCGCUGUAUUAUGCGUGCACGGUGGCCUCUCCCCUCUCAUUGACACAGUCGACAAAAUCCGCUUGAUCGACCGCAAACAAGAAGUCCCCCACGAAGGCGCCAUGUGCGACCUCCUCUGGUCCGACCCAGACGAGAUCGAAGGAUGGGGCCUCUCACCCCGCGGCGCAGGCUUUCUCUUCGGCGCAGACAUCGUCCGACAUUUCAACCACAACAACGACCUGUCGCUGAUCGCCCGCGCCCAUCAACUUGUGAUGGAAGGGUACAAAGAGAUGUUCGACAAGACGAUAGUAACGGUGUGGUCGGCGCCAAACUACUGCUACAGAUGCGGUAAUGUCGCUGCGAUCCUGGAGUUGGGCGAGGACGGGAGUAAUGGUGGAUGUAUCGCGCGGGCGAAUGGAGACCAGGGGAGGAAAGAGCCGGUCGGUGGCGACGGCAGUGGUGGUGGGAGCGGCGUGCUCUGGAACUUGGCCACGCCUGGACGACGGUAUAGAGUGUUCGAAGCGGCGCCACAGGGCACGAGGGGCAUGCCGGCGAAGAAGCCUGUGGGCGAGUACUUUUUGUAA